UUAAGAAUUUCAUAUAGUUACUCUAAAAAUUCUAGACGAUUCUGAUAUGUAAAAACAACCCGCGUAAACGAAGUCCUUCCAAAACAAAAUUGUUAAAAAUAGAAGGCUAAGAAAUUAAACCACAACCUUUCAUUCCAAAAAAAGCUCAACCCUCUUCCUAUAUAUGCCUCUCAACCCCAACUCAUUGAAUAGGCUGCGAAUUCCAAAGGCAUCAAUAGGUGAAAACUCUUCAAAUCUGUAUCUGAGUUUCUUGCCGAUCACGCUUCACCACAAUGGAGAUGAAGAAGAUCGCUUGUGCUGUGCUCUUAGCCGCUGCCUCACUUAGUGCAGUGUUGGCUGAUCACCAUCAUCAUACGAGCUCACCAGCUCCUGCACCUGCACAGGCUGCACCUGCACCUGGACCAAGCAGUGGAGCCUCAGCUGGCUUGCCUGUUGUUGGUCCUUUGGUUGGUGCUUCUCUUGUGUCAUUUGUGGCCUACUACUUGCACUAGAUUUAUACAUUUAUGAAAGAGAGAAAAUGGGAAAUUGAAGAAAGAGGGAGCUUCAAGAAGACGAAUAUUUUACAAGAUUAAUGAGAAUACGUUACUAAUUUGUUGGUCUUUUCUCUUUAGAUUUCCUUUUAACUUUUCUUUCUUAGAGUUCUUAUAUAUUUCUUUUAUGCACGUACUAUAUAUGAAUGAUUUGAUAC